GCUGAGGUUCUUAGCAUCGAUAACAUAGAGAACGAAUUUCUAGAGAAAGUCAGAAGUAAAUCUAAUACUUGGAGAUUACCAUCACCCGUCAGUGGGACUCCGGAAAUUUCUGUUAUCGAACAGUAUAAUGCAGCCAUUGAAGAUGAAAAUCAACGUGCAGCUCGAUUUGAUACUCAAUACAAGAAAAAUCGAAAUUCAAUCAUGUUAAAGCGUGAUGAAGCAACAAAACAUUUAAAUAAUAUUAAGAAAAUAAUAAGUAAUCAGCAUCAUCGCCAUAUUGGUAGUACAAUUAGGAAGCGUACAUAUAGCCAUUCCAAAGCAAACCAUCAGCAAGAGUCGAAUUGGUCUUCUAGUAGCCCAGUGCAACGAAAAAACAGCUUAGGUAGUCAAGACGUAGCCAUAGGAGAUUCUAUGGAAGUUACCAUGAAAAAAUACGAAAAGAUAAGCAAUGAAUUAUUACAAAUGGAUAACGAAAUUGAUCGCCUAGAUACGGCAAUAAAAACUAAUAGAAAGCAACAAGACACAAAUGUCAAUACACUUACUGUUAAAAGAGAGGCUGUACUGGCUAAGAUUAGGGCAAAUACUAAAUAA